CCAGAAUUAACAACGCAGACCAAUAGUGGGUUUCGUCAUCAUGAGGUUGAUAUUGUUUGCUCUUGGCUUUGCUGCCUUCGCAGCCGCUGUACCGAUUUCAAAAAAGGAAAAGGCUUAUCCUCGGUUCAUUGAAUUCCCCGAUGGAGACGGUGUAAUGCAUACAGUGGAUCUAGAAGCAGAACCAGACAUGGAACUUCUUGAAGAGAUUAACAGAAAUCCUGCCAACAAUAGAUAUCUUCUUUAUACCAGACGAAACCCCAGAAACUCACAAGUAUUGGUAAUUAACGAUGCCAAUUCUGUCACCUCAUCGAACUUCAAUGCACGUGUCCCCACCGUAGUCAUCGUCCACGGUUGGCUGAGCAACCAGAAGUCAAGCUUGAAUGAUGUAAUUAGAGACGCUUACUUGGCAAAGAGCGAUGUUAACAUAAUUGUCAUGGAAUGGAGAAGACUGGCGCUUUCUGACUACGUGACCGCUGUAAGAGGAGUACCCGCAGUAGGUCGCGGUCUUGGACAGUUCCUGAACUUCCUGAACCGUGCAGUUGGUGCACCCUUCAACACGAUGCACUUAAUUGGAUUCAGUUUGGGAGGCCAUCUCGUUGGAAACGCUGGAAGAGAAAUCGGAGGCAGAGCUGCCCGUAUUACCGGUUUGGAUCCCGCUGGUCCACUGUGGAACAACAAUAACGACCGUCUCAGAGCCAGCGACGGUGUUUAUGUCGAGGGUAUACAUACCGACGGAGGUACCAUUGGACUGGGUAUUGGCGCAGCGAGUGGUAAUGCCGAUUUCUUCCCCAACGGUGGAGAGUCACAACCUGGAUGCCUAACCGGAAUCUGUGACCACAAUCGUUCUUGGGAAUUGUUCGCUGCUACUGUCACUUACAAUCAUUUAGUUGGUCAGCGAUGCAACAACAUGAAUCAAGUCUCGUCAAACUCGUGUACCGGAGCUAGAUUGAAUAUGGGAAAUGAUAUUCUAAACAAAUCUGGUACCGGACUAUAUCGUGUGAACACAGGCAGAAAUCAUCCGUUCUAAUGAAUUAGCAAUAAAAUAAAAAUAUGUUGUAAAAAUAUACGCUGAAUUAUAAAUA